AUGCCCUCUUCCAAGACGGAGCGGCUAUUAGUGCCGAUUGAACUAUUUUCAGAUACGUUAUGUCCAUGGUGCUGGAUCGAGAAGCGCAGCCUUGAAGCUGCCAUGAAGAAAUUUGAGUCGAGUCAUCCGCAAGUCGAGUUUGAGGUUGUCUGGCGGUCCUAUUGCUUGAACCCGCUCUUCAAAUCCAGAUGUGAAAAAAUCGCCCUCUACGACGAGAUGGCCGGCGGAAAAGGCAAAUUCCAACCACACCUCGACCGCGUCAGCACCGUCGGUCGUCCCUACGACCUAAAAUUCUCCAUCACAGGCGACACCGGCCCAACACGCUCAUCCCAGAUCCUCAUCGCCAACACUCUUCGCCGUCGGGGCCCCGCAGCCCAAGCACGGGUCGUAGAGGCACUCUUCCAAAGCCACUUCCUCGACGGCAAGGAUAUUUCCGACGAAGACGUCCUGGUCAGCCUGGGCAGCCAAGAAGCAGGCCUUCCUGCGGAUGUAGUCCGUUCAGAUCUGCGAGACGAUGACAACGGACGGGUUGUGGAUGAUGAGGCAGAGGCGGCGGUGGAGGAAAAGGGUGUUGAGGCUGUGCCGUGUGUGACGGUCUUGGGCAAGUACAAGGUCGGUGGGUACCAGGAGAAGGAGGUUUUUGAAAGGUUGUUCGAGAGGAUAUGGGAGGAGAAUGCUGGUGUUUUGAAUAAGGCGUGA